AUGCCAUUCACAUACACGUCUCAAUUAGGCUGGAUUCUCUCCAGGGCUGGUACCAUCCCAGCCACAAAUCCACAAAGAUUAGCAGCCACCUCCAUCAGCAAGCUCGACAUCCGGUCAGCGCAUUUGCAGCACCUCAUCACAAUCGAGGACGAAUACCCAUUAGCAGAUCCCAGCAUGAAGGAGUGGCUUGCGGAGAUUAGGACAUUCCGGAACUUCUGGACUGAUGAUGAGGAACUGUUGCUUCGACUUGCGGGGUACGAAGCUCCAUUAGCCACUCUGGCUCGAUCGGAAUUGGAAGGAGAGACUUCUAGGCCUUCACCAUUAUUAUCAUCAGCAGUAAAUCGACCACCUCCUCCUCGUCCAUCUGCACCAUCAGCAAAGACCGAUUUAGCUUUCCGGCCUCGGUCGGAGAUAUCACCUCGUGAGGCUUCUGGGCCUUCAUCAGCAGCAGAAACACCACGUCUUGAAAACGGUUCAUCUUCCCUAUCAGCACACACUCCAUCAGCGACUUGGCAUACUCCAGCUGGUCGCUCUUCACUAUCAGCGCGAAACUCAUCAGCCUCCUGGGCUCGAUCAGGGACAUCAGCUAGGGAAACUUAUACCCCUCCUCCAUCAGCACCUCGACCGCCUCCAAAAGGUCCACGUUCGUUCUCAGCAAGAUCAUUAGCAAAUCGACCUCGUCCGAGUGGUGCAUCUAUAUCAUCAGCACGUACUCCAUCAGCCAGUGGGCCCCUUCCAGUUGGUGCAUCAUUACGACGCGAUUCACGCGUCGAAUCUGCACUGGAAUCUUCAGGAUCGGAUAGACUUAUAUGGCGACCCCGUUCGUCUAAGCAGCAAUUAUCAGCAACAAAUCAAUCAGCAACUUUACAGCCGAGUAACGACUCUCGAGACAGAGCACAUCAGCCAUAUACUACUAGCCAUCAGCUCUCUCAAGAUCCAACCCCUCAAAGCGUUGAGCUCUUGAGUGGGGCCUAUCCGUCAAUAUGCGGCCCUAAAGGAAGUUACUUUAAUCAGUUCCGGAACAACUUCCCAGGGCUGCUUCUCUACUACGAGCGUCGCCAACCUGGAGGUGAAGUCGUCGUCACCGUCGAUAUUAGCUCCAGUCAUAGCCACGACAAUUCUGCUAUCAUCACCAUUAGAGAUGCUGCCCUUGGGGGUCUGCGACAAUAUGCUAGAGACUGUGCAAAUGCUCGGCAUAUAGAUAGGAUCACAGACUACUACGAUGCGCAUCGAAGUGCGUUCCAUCCGGGUCCGCAGCGACGCAAGCGUCCAGUGGAAGAGGAUGAUAUUGGCCAGUUGAUGAGAGAGGAAUGUGAGCUCCGCCGCGCAAACAGAGAUGAGUCUUCUGGAAACAAGCGGCGACGUCAGGAUUCGUGA